AGGGGCAGCGCCGGGGCGGCGCGCCGAGAGCGGCGAGGCGGCGGGUGUGAGCCAGAGCCGUGGCCGUGGUUCCUGUCGCUUCGGUGCCGCUGUCCGCUGCGCCGCCUCCUGCCGGACCCCGAGAAGCCCCCGACCCGGCGAAGGAGUCGGGACUGGGGUAGCCGGCGCUGAGGGAGGAGUCGGGUCCGAACGGCCGCGCCAAAGACCCCCGGGCGUGGAGGUGGGGGGCUGAGGCCCCCGAGGGGGCCCCGCCGCUAUGGGCAACCUGGAGAGCGCCGAGGGCGGCCAGGGCGAGCCUCCCUCUGUCUCGCUGCUGCCGCCGCCCGGCAAAAUGCCGAUGCCUGAGCCCUGUGAGCUGGAAGAGAGGUUCGCCUUGGUGCUGAGCUCCAUGAACCUGCCUCCUGACAAAGCCCGGCUCCUGCGGCAGUAUGACAACGAGAAGAAGUGGGAUCUGAUCUGUGACCAGGAACGAUUCCAGGUGAAGAAUCCUCCCCACACUUACAUCCAGAAACUCCAGAGCUUCUUGGACCCCAGCGUAACUCGGAAGAAGUUCAGGAGAAGAGUGCAGGAGUCAACCAAAGUACUGAGAGAGCUGGAGAUCUCACUUCGUACCAACCACAUUGGGUGGGUGCGGGAGUUUCUGAAUGAUGAAAACAAAGGCCUGGACGUGCUGGUGGAUUACCUGUCAUUUGCCCAAUGUUCCGUCAUGUUUGACUUUGAGGCUCUGGAGAGUGGUGACGAUGGUGCAUUUGACAAGCUCCGGUCCUGGAGCAGGUCCAUCGAGGACCUGCAGCCACCCAGCGCCCUGUCAGCCCCCUUCACCAACAGCCUCGCUCGCUCUGCGCGCCAGUCUGUGCUCCGGUAUAGCACUCUCCCUGGGCGCAGGGCGCUGAAGAACUCCCGCCUGGUGAGCCAGAAGGAUGAUGUCCACGUCUGUAUCCUUUGUCUCAGAGCCAUCAUGAACUAUCAGUAUGGAUUCAACCUGGUCAUGUCCCACCCUCACGCUGUCAAUGAGAUUGCGCUCAGCCUCAACAACAAGAAUCCAAGGACCAAAGCACUUGUCUUAGAGCUCCUGGCAGCCGUGUGUUUGGUACGGGGAGGUCACGAAAUCAUUCUUGCUGCCUUUGACAAUUUCAAAGAGGUAUGCAAGGAGCUGCACCGCUUUGAGAAGCUGAUGGAGUAUUUCCGGAAUGAGGACAGCAACAUCGACUUCAUGGUGGCCUGCAUGCAGUUUAUCAACAUCGUGGUGCACUCGGUGGAGGAUAUGAACUUCCGGGUCCACCUGCAGUAUGAGUUUACAAAGCUGGGGCUGGAGGAGUUCCUGCAGAAGUCAAGGCACACAGAGAGUGAGAAGCUGCAGGUGCAGAUCCAGGCAUACCUGGACAACGUGUUUGAUGUGGGGGGUUUGCUGGAGGAUGCCGAGACCAAGAAUGUGGCCCUGGAGAAGGUGGAAGAGCUGGAGGAGCAUGUGUCCCAUCUCACAGAGAAGCUUCUGGACCUAGAGAAUGAGAACAUGAUGCGUGUGGCAGAGCUAGAGAAGCAGCUGCUGCAGCGGGAGAAGGAACUCGAGAGCAUCAAGGAGACUUACGAGAACACGAGCCACCAGGUACACACCCUGCGGCGGCUCAUUAAAGAGAAGGAGGAGGCCUUCCAGCGCCGAUGCCACUUGGAGCCCACCGCCCGGGACCUAGAGUCAGUGGGCAGCGAGGCCCUGGCCCGGGUGGGCCCUGAGGAACUGAAUGAGGGCAUGCCCCCCUCCGACCUGGACCUCCUGGCUCCGGCCCCACCCCCCGAGGAGGCCCUACCUCUGCCUCCGCCGCCAGCUCCUCCCUUGCCCCCUCCACCUCCCCCGUUACCAGACAAGUGUCCCCCAGCCCCACCUCUCCCCGGCGCUGCUCCCUCUGUGGUGUUGACAGUAGGCCUGUCAGCCAUUCGCAUUAAGAAACCUAUCAAGACCAAGUUCCGGCUGCCUGUCUUCAACUGGACCGCACUGAAACCCAACCAGAUCAGCGGCACUGUCUUUAGCGAACUUGAUGAUGAGAAGAUCUUGGAGGACCUGGAUCUGGACAAGUUUGAAGAACUGUUCAAGACAAAAGCCCAGGGCCCUGCCCUUGACCUCAUCUGCUCCAAGAACAAGACAGCACAAAAGGCUGCCAGCAAGGUGACCCUGCUGGAAGCCAAUCGUGCCAAGAACCUGGCCAUCACCCUCCGCAAGGCUGGCCGCUCAGCUGAGGAGAUCUGCAGGGCCAUCCACACGUUUGACCUCCAGACACUACCCGUGGACUUCGUGGAGUGCCUGAUGCGCUUCCUGCCCACAGAGGCUGAGGUGAAGCUGCUGCGGCAAUACGAGCGGGAGCGGCAGCCCCUGGAGGAGCUGGCGGCCGAGGACCGCUUCAUGCUGCUCUUCAGCAAGGUGGAGCGGCUGACCCAGCGAAUGGCUGGCAUGGCCUUCCUGGGCAACUUCCAGGACAACCUGCAGAUGCUCACGCCGCAACUCAAUGCCAUCAUUGCAGCCUCUGCCUCCGUCAAGUCCUCACAGAAGCUGAAGCAGAUGUUGGAGAUCAUACUUGCCCUGGGGAACUACAUGAACAGCAGCAAGCGGGGCGCUGUGUAUGGCUUCAAGCUCCAGAGCCUGGAUCUGCUGCUGGACACCAAGUCCACUGACAGGAAGAUGACACUGCUGCAUUUCAUCGCCCUGACGGUAAAGGAGAAAUACCCAGACCUGGCUAACUUCUGGCAUGAGCUGCACUUUGUGGAGAAAGCUGCAGCAGUGUCCCUGGAGAACGUGCUGCUAGACGUGAAGGAGCUGGGCCGGGGCAUGGAGCUGAUUCGGCGGGAGUGCAGCAUACAUGACAACAGCGUCCUGCGCAACUUCCUUAGCACCAACGAAGGCAAACUGGACAAGCUCCAGCGCGAUGCCAAGACAGCCGAGGAGGCCUACAAUGCUGUUGUGCGCUACUUCGGUGAGAGUCCCAAGACCACGCCUCCUUCUGUAUUCUUCCCAGUAUUUGUCCGAUUCAUUCGUUCUUACAAGGAAGCAGAACAAGAGAACGAAGCCCGCAAGAAGCAGGAGGAGGUAAUGCGGGAGAAGCAGCUGGCUCAGGAAGCCAAGAAACUGGAUGCCAAGACCCCAUCCCAGCGGAACAAGUGGCAACAGCAGGAGCUAAUUGCAGAGCUGAGGCGGCGCCAGGCCAAGGAGCACCGGCCUGUUUACGAGGGGAAGGAUGGUACCAUUGAGGACAUCAUCACAGUGCUGAAGAGUGUCCCUUUCACGGCCCGUACUGCCAAGCGGGGCUCACGCUUCUUCUGUGAUGCAGCCCAUCAUGAUGAGUCAAACUGUUAACCCCCAAGGCUGGGGCCCUUGACAGGCCUCCACCACCAGCCCCUUGUCGUUUGCCACCAAGCCAGGAGUGCCGCACCGCCUGCUGGCCCCCCUCGGGCUCCAGGCCCCCACUGAGACCUUCUUGGAGGCAGAAGCACUUCAACCCUGAGUCCUUCAAGUCCAACCAGUGGACCUGAAGCCCUGGAGUUGGCCAAGGGCCCAGCAGAGGGCUAUGCUGCUCUCAACCCGGUGUCCACCCUAGCUCUCAAAGCUGCAUCUGCCUGCCGCCACUGUGGGCACUAGGUCUUCCAGGGCCUGGCACUUCCCUGGUGCCUCCAGUACUGCACUUUGCUCCCAAGGUCUUCAACAUCAUUUCCUCAAGGGUCAGCUCAGGGCUGGAGAAAACCAUUUCCAGCUUUAGGCUAUGUAUGGGCACCUAGGCCCACCAUCACUAGAGCCAGAGGGACGAGAGGAGAAAGCAAUUUUCCCUUCUUUUUUUCCCCCUUACUUUUUGCAACCCGAUGGUCAGCUGCGAUCUAGAAGUGUCCAAGCUUAGGGAGCCCUGGGGCCCUGCCAGUCUCAGAUCGUCUUUUACCAGGAGCAAGGCUCUCCUAAGCCUGGGCCGUGUGCCCUAGUGAUAAGGGGAGAGGAGAGACGCCAUGCUCCCUGCCCUUGGCCCUUUGCGUUCUAGGCUGACUACCCAUGCCGAGAUGGGCAGAGGACUAGUUUUCUCUGCCUAGAGAAAGGGUGUGCCAAGAAUGUCCUCACCUCCUUCCCCCAGCUAGGUUUUGUUGGCAGGGGAGGGGUCAUGUCGGUCUUAGCUAUUUUCUCCGUCCCCUGCUGGUUUCUUCUCGGCCCCUGGGAGGGAAUACAGGGGCCCACUCCUUUUUGUACAUGUACCACUUCCUUCUCUCUUGUACAUAAACUCCAGACUUUCCUUCUCUCAACAAAGGCUUGAAAUACCA